AAAAUUUUUAAGCCAUUAUAAUAAAUUAAUCAUACUCUUCAAAUCAUUAUUUGCAAAAAUGUCAAGUGUAAGAGAUAAAAGUGGACAAUCUCCUUCGACAACUACAACAACAAAUCAAUAUCCAUUUGAAGUCAAACUGACUAGAAAAGAAAAAUUAAUGGUUUAUCUAAAAAUUGGAUUAAUGUUAUUCUUUGAAAUCGCUUUACCACUUAUCCUCUUUUAUGUUCUUAAAAGCUAUAUGAAAGAAAUCUGGGCACUUCUGAUAUCAGGUGUUCCACCGUUUCUUAUUGUUAUUUAUGGAAUUAUAAGUAAAAGACGUAUUGAUAUUUUGGGAGCAAUAACAAUAAUAAGUAUUGUUGUCAGUGCUAUCGUUGCAUCAUUAAAAGGCGAUGCCCGAGCUUAUUUAUUACGAGAAUCUGCAAUUACGGGUACUGUUGGUUUAACAUUCCUCAUUACUUUGAUUCCAAUUAAGUAUGGUUCUUUCCAAAUGCGACCAAUUAUGUUUUAUUUUGCUAAAGAUAUGCAAACUGGAGAAUCCUUUGGUUAUUCAUCUAAAAAAAGAAAUAAUUCAGGUUUAACAGAGGAAAUUUCAGAUACUUCCCGGCCAUACUAUAAUUUUAUUCUCAAAACUCCAACGAUUGAACGUGCCAUUUUUUGGAUAAACAUAUUAACUUACUCUUGGUUAAGUGUAUUGAUCCUAAUCCACAUCAUUUACUCUAAUGGUUUAAAAAACAAUGUAUAAAAGUAAUUGGUGAAGGAGAACGACAAACUGCUGCCAAUAAAGCUUCAGUAUAAUAAUCAACAUAGAAUAAUAUAUAUAAACAUUUUUUAUAACUUCAUACAAGUUU